ACAACCAAAAUGCUCCGCCCAGCUCUGUGGCUAACCUUAGCCACGGCAGUAUCCUCAACUCCACUAUCCCAUAGUGGAGCCGCAGUCUCAUCACACCCACCAACAGCGACACUAUCCCCAAGUAAAGGACCCCCCAAAACCGUAUUCGUGGGCCGCACACUCCCCGAAUUUGACCAAGACCUUUUCCUAGGCAUCAAGUAUGCCGACGAACCAGCUCGAUUCACGGCCGCAGAAUUGAAGUCGCAUUACACUUCGAAUGAUAGUAAUUCUGGUGUCUAUGAUCUCUCUACGGCCGGUGUGUCGUCUCACGGCAACGCUGUCUAUUACAAUGCUACCGAAUAUGGAUAUGAUUGUCCUGGCUACGGGUCUGAUACCACUAAAUUGGUGAAUAUGGGAUUGAUUCGGUCGAGUGAGGAUUGUUUGAAUCUUAAUGUGAUUAGGCCUCAGAAUGUCGGGGAGGAGGGGUUGCCCGUUAUGUUGUGGAUUUUUGGAGGUGGGUGGUCGCAGGGUGCUACUGCGGAUCCCAGAUAUAACAUGAGUUAUGUGGUUCAGCAGAGUGCGUUGAACGGCAAGCCUGUGCUGGGAGUCUCGAUUAAUUACCGCUUGUCGGCGUUUGGUUUCCUGGACUCGGAGGAAGUGAGGGCGGAGGGAAAUACCAAUCUUGCUCUUCGAGAUCAGCGGACUGCUAUGCGCUGGGUGAAGAAGCAUAUCAAGGCAUUCGGUGGAGACCCAGAUCGAGUCACGAUCUGGGGUGAGUCGGCGGGAGCAUACAGCGUGGGUGCGCACCUUGUCACCAGCAACGGAGAUAACGAGGGUCUCUUUAGAGCUGCAAUUAUGGAGUCCGGAAAUGCAGUUGGACCGCCCUACAACGGCACUGAAUGGCACCAGCCAAUGUACAAUCGGAUUGUCCAAAGAACAGGAUGCACCAAUGCAACAAACACUCUCCAAUGUCUUCGAGACCUACCAUACCAGACUUUCUACAACAACGCCUAUGAAGGACUAGAGUGGUUCGCCACAGUCGACAACAACUUCAUCUCGCAGUAUCCCCAGAUCAGCUACCGCGAAGGCAAAUUCGCCAAAGUCCCCAUCCUCCUAGGCACAAACACAGACGAAGGAACCAGUUUCGGGACAACAGGCACAAAUACAGAUGAAGAUUGCAUUGCCCAGUUAAUCUCCUCCAAGCGCUGGGUCCUCACCCGCGACGAAGCCACCCAGCUCCUCUCAUACUACCCCAACAUCUCAUCCCUCGGCUGUCCCUAUGGCUGGGGCAAUGUGACCUGGCCGGAGAAAGGUCUUCAAUAUAAACGCUACGAAUCUAUGGCCGGUGAUAUCACCAUGGUAGCGCCCCGUCGGAUGUUGGCACAAGCCAUGUCCCGAUUCGAGGACCACGUUUAUUCGUACCGGUGGGAUGUUGCUGCACUGAAUACUUCGACGACGAUUGGAGUGCAGCAUUUUGCUGAGAUUCCCUUCGUCUUCGCAAACCCAGUUCAGAAUAUUACGGCUCUGGGAUCUGAUCCUGCGCGGCUGGAACUCGGACAACUGGCGGCUCGCAUGUGGACGUCUUUUGUUACUGAUUUGAAUCCUAAUGGACAUGGAGUACCGCACAUCCCUCAAUGGCCUCGCUAUUCCUCUAAACCUUCAAACUUUGUUUUCCGUCUUUCUCGGAAUGAGAGCUACGUGGAAGCCGAUAGCUAUCGAGCGUCCGGGAUGGCAUAUAUCAAUAGUAUUGCGCGAUAA